AUGUCGAAGUAUUACAUAUUACAGACCCCAAGUUUGUUGAACGCCUCUUCGACGAAAAUGACCUCUACUGCAGGCCAACUGGAACGAAGUCUAGGAAAACUUCAGAUCUUAGAGUCUGACUCACAAGAAAUGUCCACUACGGUGCAUUGGGUGCCCUCUAAAUGCAGCUCAGACGUAUCGCAAUACGUUCUCGUAAGGCCUCCCUGUGCUCCAUGUGGCAAUCGUCGGCUGUUUGGUUUUCCUGUUGUCAAGAGAGAAGCUUGGGACAUUGGGACAAUUGCUUUCAAGCAAAUUUGGCCAGAUGAAACUUUACCAGACGACCAUUUCUUCAUCGCCAUGAAUUCCCUUACAUUCCUCAAGAUAUAUCUCAGGCUUCGCGUUUGUACUAUGGCACGUGAAAAGGUGGCUGGAGACUCGAAGAAUAUCCCACCGGAGUGUAUAUCAUCCAGAAAGGUGCUGGUGUUAGUAUUGUGGAGGGAUACAGAAUCCGAGGAGACCUGUCCAACGCCAAGUCAAGUGCAUUCCCUGGAGGUGAAGCUUAAACGCCCACCGGGAUGUUCCAUGACUGGUCGUGGUACUACCUACCCCGCUUGUACCAACCUCAUUCAGUUUUAG